GGUGGAGGGUGGUCACAUCCAACUGGAAAUGUUCUGGAAGCAGCGGACGCUCCUCCUCUGAGUCUUCUGCCUCCGGGGCUCAGACACACACUUUGCCUGUUCUCUUAUUAGACACGUCACAUCAGCCAUCUCAGACUGCAACAGACGAAGAUCGCCAUCCUUUCCUUCCUGGACUAAAGUUGCACAGUUCUACAAUGACUUCGGUAAAGCAAAGAAAUAAAAUUAAUUCCGAUCGAAGUUCUAGCGCUUCCCAUGAUGACGUGGCAAAGAAGAGCUGGAAGGGAAGCAAAGGGGGAUCGGGAUGGUGCUCAGUGGUCGGGAAGGUCCUGACUUUUCUCUUCUUCCUCGCUCUGAGCGGAGCGGCUGGUAUGUUCGGCUGGUACAUGCACAACCUCUCCGAGCAGAUCAACCACUUAAACAGGAGGCACGAAGAAACGUCCCUUCAAAGCAAUGAACUGGCAACGAAGGUGAAAGGUGUUCUGGUACAGGUGGAUUCCUUUAAAGUUACAAUUAACAGAUUUGACAUAAUGCUGCACGACACACAACAUGAGCUGAAGGAAACUAUAAAAGCACUCACCAAGGGCGAACAUGAGACCAAUCGAAUUGGUGAAACACUGCAAAAGCUGCAGAAUGAAAUCCUGAGAGACCUCUCUGAUGGUAUUCAAGAUGUGAAGGAUGCAAGAGAAAGGGAUUUUAUAUCCCUUGAGAAAACUGUAGAGGAACGAUUGAUUGAAUUAACUAAAUCGAUCCAUGAUAAUAUUGCUGUUUUCACAGAGGUACAGGGCAAAUGUCAAAAUGAUAUUGAUGAAAUUAAGUCAAAGAUUACUUCACUAAAAACAACUGUUGAGAUAAAGGGACAAGAAAUCACUUCUUUAACUCAGAAAUAUGCCGACUUGAAAAAUACCCUGUAUUCACAGCAGAUUACACAUGGAAUCCUGCAGCAAUCAGUCUCUGAAAUUCAGGUGUCUGUUGCAGCUGCAUCUGAAGAGAUUCAAGACCGUACAAAGGAUUUACAGAAAAUUAAGAAUAGCAUAAAUGAGCAAGAACAAAUAAUGCUUUCAAAAAAUAAUGAUAUCUCAGUAAAUCUAGAAAAGAACAGUGAAAGUUUUGAAGCUAAGUUAACCGUUAUAGAAGAAAACAUUAUGGCUUUGAAUACAGCUGCAACACAUUUAUCUGAAAAAAUUGAAUACAUUGAUGCAAGUUCAGUGGAACGUACUAUGAGAAGUGUAGCUGAAACUCAGGUAUCACUCACAGGGGAUAUUAAAGUGCUAAAGGCAAAUCUAAAUGAUUUGCAAAGUUUGAUGACUGAUAAAAGCCUCAAUGAUUUGCAGCGUGAAAUGCAAGCUCUAGAAAAGCAUCACACUCAACAGAUAAAGGAAAUACAAUCUGAGAAUGAAGAAAAGUUCAAGCAGUUGGAAGCAAACAUCAGUAAAGUUGAAACAAAAAAUGAGAAUCUUGCAGCUGUUUUGCAGUCAGUGGAAGAAAUUAUACAGACUGAAGUUGAAGGGAAAUUUUCAUUAAUGGAAACAUCCAUGGAUAAAUUAAAUUCUUCAAUCAGUGAAGCAAAGGUUGAUCUACAAAUGUUAAGGACAGCUGUUGAUAAUCUACUUUCAUACUCACCAAAGAUUGAGACUAGUGAGAAUGAGCUAGCUUCAUUAAAGAUAUCAAUGAAUGAGCUGAUAUUGAAUGUUAAUAAACUGUCAGAUUCUAUAGAUAGCAUAAAGUAAGGCAUUAACUUCUCUAUAACCAGUUGAAGUUUCAAUAGUUUUUAUGUAGUUUAGCUCAGAGAAAAUACAAAAUAAAGAGGUUGUAUUGUGAGGAUUUUUUUAAUGAGACAUAAACAUGUUAAAAAAAUAAAGAUUUUACAUGUUAUUUGUUCAGUACACAAUACUUUUAGUUAAUGCUUAAAACUGACUCAACUGAUCAUUUGCAUUUUAAUAGUGUAUAAUUAUUUCUGAGCAUCCAGAGCAAACUGUCCUUCUCAUUUUUCACUGCCUUGCAUUGAAGUUAAAAAAAAGCAUUGUAAAAGUGAACAGUCAGUGAUUAGAUUACUCAUCCUUAUCAUGAGCAAUAAAUGUUUUCAAUUGAUAAAUAAAGUUAUUACAUAUAAAAGUA